AUUCCCUAUCACACUUUUACGGUUUUCAACCUGUUGAAUAGUUGAGUCUUUCGGCGCCCCGCCAAGUUCAAGGCUUCAUUUGUGUUCAGACAUACUGCUGGUGAGUUAGUCGUUGAUUACAUCCUGGCCAGUUCGGACGCAACUAAAGGUGGUUGUUGAAGUUGCUCAACCGUCUCGAAGAUUGAGGGCUGUGGAAAAACGAAAACCGAGCGAGUCUACCGUCUGAUAUAUCAGUGAAGUGUUGGUGGACCUCCGUCCGGAACACUGAUGCUUGGACAGUGACAACCCGACAGACAAACUAUUUCAACAUCAACGAAAAACGAACUUUCCAAACGCUGCUGCAAUCUUAUUGAAAAGCUGACUUUCUAUUGGUUCCAUUCGAGGGUUUCAGAUUGAAUUUCCCAAACUGAAAUUUUGUUUUGAUGACCAACAAUUGGACUGGACUUAAGGUGUAAAACAUUCAAGAAGAAAAAUGAGACGGGGCUUUGCAGUUUUCCUGCUUUCGAUUUUCGCUAUUUCGGCAUUGAGUGCUGUCCCAGUUGACAUACAGGUGAGUGUGGAUCCUAACCUACCCGUGGCACUCUACGAAGGUCCCCAAACUUACCGCCGCGACUCCCGCGGAAGGCCCUUCAAAUCCAUCAUUGUCACUUCCUCAAAAUUAUUCGGCCUCGGUAGCUCGGCUGGUAGCAAUUCCGUGCGGGAUAGCUCGACAACUUCUUCGACUACCUCGACGACCACAACGACCACUACGACUCCGGCUCCUCCUCCAAGACGUCCGUUGAAUGUUAGCCAAAGACUGAAGCCGUUUAUUGUGACGUCAAGACCAUUCGGUUUUGCCAACUCUGCUAGCAACCUCGUGAGAGAUAGUUCGACGACGACUACCACAACGACGACGCCUUCCCCGCUAUUUGAUAAAGCCGCUCCAACAAUCCCUUUCUUCAGCAUAUCCUGUACGGUAGGCAGUUCCUGCUCGCAGAUUAUUUCAGCCCGUCAGACCCAAACGGCGAAGCCCACUUUCAAGCCUUACACGAAAGAAGAAAUCAACAAAUUCAAGGGUAGUCUAGGCUCUCGUUUUCCACCAAAGGUCACGCCCUCGACUAUCAGCUCAGAACCAUCGGAGAUCAGCACAGCAACAACAGAAAAACCAGCAACAGAAAAGCCGAGCAGCGUAUGGAGAAUACGAACUACUUCGCCACCGAACCCGACAACCACCGCCAUCUCUGCUUCCUCCUUAUCUUCCACCACAACGACUAGACCCAUUAAAAACAUCCCGUCCAGUAAUUGGAGUAGUAGGUGGAAGUGGCCGACCCACAUCGGAAGCGUUGCGUCCGAAGAUCAUAAACAAGUUGAAAUCGAAUCUAGCAACCAGCGAGUGGAAACGGUGACAUCUGAGCCGACAACUGUUGCGGUCAAGUCAUCACCACAGAAAGGCGCACUUAACCAUCCAACACAUUUUUCCGAGUUCCCCAUUCGGUCCAACACAUACAGCGUGAAACCAUAUACUACGAGAGAAAAAUAUGAUAGCAAUAAAGACAAUAGUUACCCCAAGCAAAGGCCAGAGGGAAUUAAUACAAAACCCCCAGUUGCAACUGGAAAUAACAAUUGGCUCUCUUUACUAGCCGCCUCAAUGAGUGUCUUGCAAAACCAGAAGCAAAAUCUGAAUGCUGCGCAACGACCACAGACUCUGCAACAAACUAAAGGUCAUCCUCCUGCUCUUCCUCUUUCAACGCUGUUCCCGGUGAAGACUGCUAGCAAACCUGUCAAACUACGUCCCAACCCAACUACUACCCCAGCACCCGAACAAGACAGGUGGAAUUCUCCCGCUUUGACAAAUACGGAAGAGGAAAAUUCUUUGUCAUGGCCAGAAAAGGCCUCCGGAUUCACGGGAUAUUCCAUAUCAUUACCCGAGAAUGAUCAGGAUUAUCACCGGCAUGAAGUCAUUUCCAGUAAGGGAAAUAAAAUUUCUCUAAUCACUGGUUCCUCCACCCGGAAUAAACAGGCAAACAAGCCGGUCAAGGCGUUGCAAUCCUACCAAAAUGCAAAUAGAGCUAACCUUCCACCCGAGGUUUCGGUAUCAAGCCAUGUGAUUGGAUUGCGAGUCAAGCCAAAAUCACUUGGGGGAGCCACUUUUAUCGAACGCGUCCAAGGAGCGACCAUUGAAACCGAUGGGGAAAAUGUGAAUUUGAGUGACCUAAUAAUGAAGCACGAUCUCCCUCCUCGCCGAGCUCGUUACUUGCCAUACACACAGCGGAGCUUCGUUUCAUAUGACGCUAAAUCCGGAUGGCGGCCGGUACGCUUUCCCAACGCUUAAUUAUGUAACGCGGAGAAAUCAAAUAACUAUAAUUUUAAUUUCACUUUCAAAACGACAAACUAAUUUUACUCGUGCUUUACGCGGUGUUUUUCAUUUUUAACUGUGUCUUUUUUUUUGUUUCCUGGAAAUAUACCCUUUCAGAUCGUGAA